UGGAGAAUAUCCAUUUCCGUAAACUUUUCAUCUAUGACUUUUUCCAUUUGAUACCUUGCAUUUCUAAUCUUUUUUAUUUUCUAUUUUUUGCUUAAAAGGGGAUGCUUGUACUGUGUCUAACUGCAACAAUUGCAAAACUGCAUCCUCCCCACUGUGAAACAAAAGGGAUAAGGAAUUGCCCUAGACCAACACCAUGGCAAAUGGCUUUUCUAUUAAGCAGCCUGGGACUACUUGUUGUAGGGGCUGGUGGCAUUAGACCGUGUAACUUGGCCUUUGGUGCUGAUCAAUUCAAUCCCAACACUGAAUCUGGAAAGAGGGGAAUCAGCAGCUUCUUCAAUUGGUACUACUUCACCUUCACUUUUGCCAUGAUGGUAUCUUUAACAUUCAUUGUAUACGUGCAAUCCAGUGUGAGCUGGGCCUGGGGGUUGGCGAUUCCUACUUUCCUGAUGCUCUUAUCAUGUGUACUCUUCUUUGUUGGUACACGAAUUUAUGUGAUUCUAAAACCCGAGGGCAGUCCUUUGGCAAACAUAGUGCAGGUUAUCGUGGCCGCAGUCAAGAAGAGGCAAUUGAAACUACCAGAGCAACCAUGGCUCUCCCUUUUUAACCAUAUUUCCACAAGUACCAUCAACUCCAAGCUUCCUUACACGGACCAGUUCAGGUUUCUAGAUAAAGCUGCAAUCAGAACCCCUGAAGACCAAGUAAAAUCUGACGGAUCAGCAGCCAAUCCAUGGAGACUUUGCAGUAUGCAGCAAGUGGAACAAGUAAAAUGCGUGAUGAGAGUGAUUCCCAUAUGGGUCUCAGCCAGUGUAUACUGUAUUGUCCUGGUCCAACAACAAACAUACGCAGUAUUCCAAGCCCUCCAAUUUGAUAGACGCCUUGGCAAUACCAAUUUCGACAUCCCUGCUGCCUCCUACACUGUUUUCAACAUGCUUGCCCUCACUAUCUGGAUACCGAUCUAUGACCGUAUCAUAGUCCCAAUACUAAGAAGGUUCACAGGCAAAGAAGGUGGCAUCACAGUCCUGCAAAAGAUGGGUGUUGGCAUGGUUCUUGCUAUAAUCACCAUGCUUAUGUCAACAGUUGUUGAAGAAAGGAGAAGAACAUUGGCUCUCAAUAAACCAGUAGGUAUAGACCCAAGAAGAGGUGCAAUUUCUUCUCUUUCUGGUAUGUGGUUGGUGCCACAGCUAUCACUGGUAGGACUUUCUGAAGCAUUUACCGUCAUUGCUGGAGUUGAAUUCUAUUACAAGCAAUUCCCAGAAAACAUGAGAAGCAUUGGUGGGUCUUUCCUAUUUGUUGGUUUUGCUUUGUCCAAUUAUUUGAGUAGUUUCUUGGCGUCAGUGGUUCACAGGACUACUUCUGGAGCUGCAACUGGGCAAUGGUUGCCUCAAGAUCUUAACAAGGGAAGAUUGGAUUACUUUUAUUACUUGAUUGCUGCAAUAGAGGUAGUAAACUUUGGUUACUUCAUAAUGUGUGCAAAGUGGUACAAGUACAAAGGAAGUGGCACCAGUGUUCAUGAAGUCGACAAGGGGAAAAUGCAGUCCGAAAAAGAAAAACCUCUUGUUUGAAACAUUAUUUGGUUAGAGAUUUCUAAUAUUGUUGUUUAAGUGUUAUGGAAAUACGUGUGGGUUAAAAAAUGUUGUGGAAAUAUGUGUUUCAUUAUUUAAACACUAUAAACUGUUUUUUAACAAUUGUACCAA